AUGGAACUCACUGGCAACCUUCCCGGCUUAGAACAACGUCGAUCAUCGUACUCCACUACUGAGUCUACCCCUGCGACGCCUUUCUUUGGCAGCACGGCAUCUCGCAACAACAUUGCAAUCUAUGACUCAACCUACACUACUCCAUCGCCUCCCCAGAUCACUUCAUCUGGCCUCGUCGAGCAGCCAAAAGGUUUCUCGUCAAUCCCACCGGUUGACCAUGAGCUGGAUGCGUUGCUGAAGCGUGAACCCCCUAUUCCCAAGGCUGUUCCCGCUGUGUUCACACCCGUUGAGAACAUGAAGACCCUUGAACAGAGCCUGGUCAACCACAUUCCCGGAAACCGCAAUGUGUACAUCAGAGGUCUGAUGCCCACUACCGACGAUGAGGUUCUCCUCAAGUAUGCUGAACGCUUUGGUCCCGUCGAAACUUCGAAGGCCAUCAUUGACACCUCGACUGGUGCUUGCAAAGGCUUUGGCUUUGCCAAGUUCGCUAGCGUUCAGGACUCUGAGAAGUGCAUCCGGGGUUUCCACCGCUUGGGAUAUGAAGUCGGCUUUGCAAGGGAGUCCUUCAACUCGCGCUUGAAGGCCGAGGGCGACGAUAGCUCCACGAACCUCUACAUCUCGAACUUGCCUAAGUCACUCACCGAAAACGAGCUCGCCGCCAUCUUUCUCGGAUACACGAUCUUGUCGAGCAAGAUCCUUCGCGACGGCUUGGGAAAUAGCCGUGGAGUCGGUUUCGCCCGCUUUGAAUCUCGUGAUGUUUGCGAUGAGAUCAUUAAGACCUUCACAGGCCAGCCCCUUGGCGAAGAGGGCCUUUGCAUGCAGAUCCGCUACGCCGACACCCCCGCCCAGAAGGAGCUCAAGCGUGUCACCGCUGAGCGACGUCAGUUCCGUACUAACGAGUACAAUGUCGGUGCCUAUGGCACUGCUGCUGUUGGCAUCUCCCCGACCAUCUAUGGCCAGCCUGGUUGGAAGCAGAAGCCUACGACUGGUUCUGCGUAA